GUCCAAUCAACCCCCAUCAAUACCACUUCCAAUCCCUAUUUCAAUCUCAAUACCAAUCAAUCAAAUCAAGACAAAAUGUCCAGUCAUGAAUUUACCAAAUACUCCAACUCCUCAAGCACCUACUGGCCCCCAGGGUGGAACUUCACCCGCUACGCGCACGCCACACCCGCCGACAACGCGACACUGAGCGACGACGAGCGCGCCAAAAUGCAAGCUGGGUUUCGCGAGGUUCUGGGCGAGGAGGGCGUGGCGGAGAUGGCGCGCGUUGUGUGGUUGGAGCAGUUGCGUUUGAUGAGGGUUGAGAAGGGAAGACGACCGCCGCCGCCGCCGCCGCCGGAUUGGUUGAGGGUUUGGAGGAAGAGGUGUCAGGGUCAAAAGGGUCAAGGUCAGGGGAAGAAUUGGGGGGUUGUGGUGUUUUGGACUGCUGGUGCUGUGAAGAGGGUUGUGGAUUAUGAGGACGCGGGGGGUGAGGGGGUGGAGGGGUUUGAGGAGAGGGUGCAGCAGAUUGUGGAGAUCCCAUUUGAGACAGUUUUAGAUCAGGGACAGUCUGCUGAGGAGAUUGAUGAGGCGCGGAGGUCGUUUGCGAUUCGGUGGGUGAGGGUAGCUGAUGAUGAUGGUGAUGAAUCAAAGGCAGGGGAGGAAAUCCAGGAGAAUGUCCUUGUUGAGCGACUACGCGCGCGGUAUCACUCAAUGCAAGAGCAAGACUCUGGUCUCUUCCUACCGAUCUUCCUGGUUGUGUCUUCGUCGGCUGUGGCGUCUGUGCUAUCCACUCCUGAAGCUGGGGAUGAGAAAGUGGGAACGACCAGCCCGCGGUGGAGAACUGGGGCACCAUUUCUGCUGGCGGUUGCUGCGACGGAAGAUCAAGGUGUUGUGAGUGAUGAUGACCAGGAGGCUGGUGGGGAGAAGGAUUGGUUCAAGCCUGUCUUUCGGGUUGCGAUGGAGGUGGUGGUAGAGGAGCUGUGGCCGGUCGUGGAGGAGCAGAUUACAACGCUAGGGAGGAUGACGCGAUUUGUACAGAGGGCAGAGGUUACGGAGACUGUACCCACCGUAAUAGAUGAGGAAGACGGGCUGGAUGCCAUUUGGUGGUCUGUACAUGCGCCGCCGCGUCAUUUGAGGAAGCGGAGAAGAAUAUUUACAUAG